AUGGUCAGCAAGACAGCCAAGCCAAUAGCAUCUGGCGAAUUAGAGGUCAGCGAUGGAGCAGCAGAGGAGAGACCACUGGUGACUUUCAAUCCCAACUGGGCCAAAGUAUUCACAGGAGAGUCUCUAACUAUGACGUGCUACAUCAGCUCGGCCCACCAAAACCAAAGGUUCUUCUGGUACAAAGACGAUAAGCGGUUGUCUGUCAACGACCAAACGUAUAGAAUAUCUUACACUGAAACUGGUCAUACUGGAAAUUACUGGUGCCGGACAUCUUCGACUGAAACUAGCGAUAUUAGUAGGCUGGAGGUCAUCUACGAUUAUCUGAUCCUACAAGUUCCUCCUUUUGCAUUUGAAGAAGAUGACGUCCUUAUGAGAUGUGGCAGCUGGCCUGGGUAUUCGGUACGACGCACCAUGUUUUUCAAGGACAAUACGGUCAUAAGACCACUGCAGGCGGAAACAGAACUAGUCCUUCGUAAAGUCAAUAGAGAGUCGGCUGGUAAAUACAAAUGUAUGAAGAAGUCAGAGCUCUCCUCUGACACAAGUUACACCGAUGAGUCCUUCCUUCAUGUCAAAGACCUCUUCUCGAGCCCAGAAGUAAAUGUGACUCCAUACCCCGUGACAGAAGGUGACAACGUGACUCUGACUUGCGACACAGCUCUCAGUCCGCUCAGGCAGGAGACGAAGCUGCAAAUUGCAUUCUACAGAGAUGGAAAGUAUGUCCAGAGACUCAGCUCAUCUGGCCAAUAUGGAGUCCAGUCGGCUGAGCUGGAGGAUUCCGGGAAUUAUUGCUGCGAGGUGCAAACCUCAAGCUCCACGGUGAAGAAGAUGAGUAAAGCAAAACAUGUCCAGAUACAAGACCUCUUCUCAAGCCCAGAAGUAAAUGUGACUCCAUCCCCCGUGACAGAAGGAGACCACAUGACCCUAACGUGUAAUAUCAGUCUCAGCCCGCUCAGACCGGGGACGGAGCUCCAAUUUGCUUUCUACAGAGAUGGACGGAAUGUUCAGGAACUCAGCUCAUCUGAUCAAUAUGGAGUCCAGUCCGCUCAGCUGGAGGAUUCUGGGAAUUAUUCCUGUGAGGUGAAAGCCUCAAGCUCCACGGUGAAGAAGAUGAGUAAAGCAAAAGACGUCCAGAUACAAGAACUCUUCUCCAACCCACACGUUACAUCAAUCCAAUAUCCACUGGUGGAAGGAGACCACAUGACCCUAACGUGUAAUAUCAGUCUCAGCCCGCUCAGACCAGGGACAGAGCUCCAAUUUGCAUUCUACAGAGAUGGACGGAAUGUUCAGGAGUUCAGCUCAUCUGAUCAAUAUGGAGUCCAGUCCGCUCAGCUGGAGCAUUCUGGGAAUUAUUCCUGUGAAGUGAGGACAUCAGCCGGCAGUGCUAAGAAGAGGAGUGAAGAGAUAAAUAUCCAGGUUCAGGGUAAGCAUUCAAGACAAACUACUAAUCGUAGUUAA